AUGAAUGUGGAUGUUGUGCGUCAGAAGCUAUUGGACGGCGACACGGACGUUGUGCUCAAGGAGCUUACGGAUCUGUAUCGUCGUGCUGAGAUCUUGCAUACUCCGCAGCUUGGCCGCAUCCUCGAGGCGCUUUUUCCUGUUUGGAAAGGUCUACUGCAAAACAAAUUGCCACCACAGCUACACGCUUCGACGCAGAACCGCUGCCGUAAGAUGCUGUUGCAGAUACUGAAUCGUCUGCCGAGCAACGAGACGCUGCGGCCGUAUGUGACGCAGCUGCUGCAGUUACUCAUGGAAGUCCUGCAGAAAGACAAUGAGGACAACGCGCUCAUUGCGCUCAAGACGCUGUUUGAUUUACAUCGCAAUUACCGCCCAGGACUGCGGACUGAAGUGCAGCCGUUUUUAGAACUCGUGCAGCUCAUGUACAAGAACCUGCAGACGACGAUGAAGAAACAAUUUAGUGGCCCACCAGAGACUUUCAAGUCGAGCUUUGUAUCGACGGCAACAACUCCUACGGCUGCAAAAGCGGCGUCAUCACCAGCUAUUUUUUCAGAAACAGCAAAGGAAUCGACAGUAGCUGGGAAAGAAAUGCUCAGUGCAACAAGUGGUGCUACGACAGAAUCAAAACCAGCAGACACGACGGUACAACACGUAACAGAUGGUGGCAAUACGGGUGAAUCUACUACUGUAGCAACCUGUAGUACUGCAGCACCGGAAUGCAUUGCUGUUGGUGCCACGGCGGCUGCUGACAGAGAAGCAGCAACGGACGAACCCGUCUGCAGCAACUUGGAAUCGUUUAAGACAAUUUCGGAACUGCCGCUAAUUAUUAUGCUGCUCUUCCAGUGCUACCCGAGCUACAUUGAAAGCUACAUACCCGUGUUAGUGCCGUUGAUGAUGUCAGCAUUGGCAUUGCGAGCGCCUGAAACGUCCACUACAACACAUCCGUCGCGGUACUUGGAUUUUUUAGAUUGCCAAGUCAAGACGUUGUCGUUUGUGACAUACUUGUUGCGCGGAUGUGCGAAACUUAUGCGUCCAUUUCAAGAUGCUAUUUGUGAGAACACAGUGAAAUUGCUUAUCGCCUGUCCAAAAGAUGCCUUUGUGUUGCGGAAGGACAUUUUUGUGGCCGCCAGGCACAUAAUUUCCACUGAUUUCCGGCGAGGAUUUUACCCACAGCUUGAACUGCUCAUGGAUGAUGACGUGCUUGUUGGAAAAGGACGUUGCAGCUUCUACCAGAUUCGCCCACUGGCAUAUUCGACGCUUGCAGAUAUGAUUCAUCAUGUUCGCGAUAUGCUAACACUCGCGCAGGUGAGCAUUAUCGUGAAUUUUUACGGCAAACGAAUUCAUGAUUCAACGCUUCCAAUCUCCAUACAAACGACUAGCAUUCGUCUGCUGCUCAAUCUCGUCGACAUUAGUGCAAAGAAUGAGGACGCUGACGCAUGGAAAGGCCGCAAUAUUCUGUCACGCAUAUUGUUAAUUAUAUCGGGAAAGUUUGGUACGACACUAGCGAACCUGCCUGCAGCUCUCGCCACAACACAACGCAGUAAGUCCAGCGGGGAUCGAUGCGACUUGUUGGAAGGAGGUGCCAUGGAUAAAAUCAAACAGUCUAGCCUGCUGCCAAGGGACGUAGUGCAGAAAACGCAAUACGAGAGAAAGUUGGAGGCUCUAUUGUUGCCGCAUAUGCGUGUUCAGCGUCCGGCAGAUUCUGCCUUAGAGGAAGAACCAAGUAUUCGUGACGUGAAGUCGCUGUUGCGCACAAUGACCCUUGGUAUCCGGGCUGUUAUUUGGUGCACAGCUAAUUAUCGAAAUCCACAUGCUAAGGAUCUAUCCACCGUUGACGCCAACACCACAGAUGGAAGCAGUUUGAUUACUCCAUCGACUUCACAGGGGAUCCAUGCUGGCUUGAACGCGCACUCUUUCGACGUGGUGGGGAGUUCACCUGGUCGGGUAUCUGGAAGCAAUCAUGUGUAUCCACUGACUGAUGAUGAGCGCUUGCUUAUCGCAAAAGUGCUUCGAAAUGGACUGCGUUGUUUUAUUCUGUACACAUUAUCGGAAAACACGCUUUCAGAGGAAAAACAAAUGCUGGAUCACUUUGCUGGUGCAUUUACCGUAUUGGAGGCAGCAGAUUUCCGUGAUCUUUUUAUCUCGAAUAUCCAGCUACUCUACGAGUGUAUCCUCCAGGACCAUGCCAUUCUGACGAUUCCCCAGCAUUUCUUGGCUAACUCGAAUGUGAGCUGCUGGUUUGCUGAGAUUCUACUGAAAUUUUUAAUUACGCAGAUGGAGGACCUGAGUGUUGAGGCAGAAGGAGACCUUCCUGACACCAAACGACUGGAAAAGAUUAUGACUAUUGAUAAUCUAGAGUUUGAGAAAAUGCGCCGCGUGCCUCAAGUGCAUCGUGCUUCCAUUGUGCUUCGGCUAUUCAAGAUUGUCUUUGGCUCGGUCACAUUAUUCAAGUUGAACGAGUCGGCGCUGUUUCCACAUUUGCGCACGAUUAUCGAGUCGUGCUUAAAGCAAGCGACGUUUACUAAACACCCCGACAACUAUUUGCUUUUGCUUCGCGCCCUGUUCCGAUCAAUAUCAGGCGGCAAAUACGAAAACUUUUACAAGGAGGUAUUUCCCUUGCUCCCGGGCGUGUUGUCUGCUCUGAUGCGACUACAAAAGCACAUGGGUAAACCGGCGAUGCAGGAGGUACUUCUGGAGUUGUGUCUGACAAUUCCUGCAAGAUUGAGUUCACUGCUACAGUAUCUUCCAUCGCUUAUGAAAUCGGUAGUGCGGGCGAUCACAUCACGCGGAGAACUCGCGUACUUAGGACUGCGGACACUUGAGUUCUGGGUGGACAAUCUUAACCCGGACUUUUUGUAUCCGAUCAUGACGUCUCAGGACCGAUUGCUUACAGAGAUUAUCGAGGCGUUGAACACACACCUUAUUCCACCUCCGUACUCGUACGGUGAAUUAGCUAUGCGAAUUCUUGGUAAGAUUGGCGGGCGAAAUCGGCAGUAUCUCAUGGAUCCGCUGAACUUAGACUAUCAUGAACAUUCGUUCACUGGAUUAACUUUCAUGUUUCAGUGGGGUGAAGAGAGAGAUAAUACGGAUUUCGACAUGAAGGGAGAUGGCGUCGCUUUUUCUCAAAAUGGCAAAUUCCAAAUGAAGAUGGAUGUGUUGGUUACGCAAGCAACGACCAUACUUCGCACGUACCUACGAAAGUCGUCGGCAGAGCUCGAUAAUAGCUGCAAGACUGACUCACGGCUUGCAGAUGUCGACGAGUUUGAGGAAGGUGAAAACCUAACAAGUCCCUCUAUCUUGCUCGAAAAGGAUGACAAGACACUUGAACUAGAGACAGAGACAAUGGAAAAAAUCCGCAAAUCGAUUUUGCAGCAUAAACGAUGUGCGUUUGUGUUUGUCUCUCGUGCGGCUGUAGUAUCGCUCAAUGUCAACGACUACGCCAAUGCAGAUCAAGAGAGUGAUGAACAUGAAAUAGACGCCGAUGAUCUGAGCGCACAGCACGUGGAGCCAAUGCGGAAGGUGAUUUCGCAGGAGGCAUUGCAAGCUACGCGUAAACAGCUUCUGCUGGUUUUAUUUGAGACGAUGGUGGAUAUUGACGUUGGUUUGGAGGCCAAAAAAAUGCUGCAAGGUAUUGCGGGUCACUUGACAGUUCUUGCCUUAACCAAGUGCUCACGGGAGCAACCAGAUUUUGCUGUGCUUUCGUCGUUGCGUGCAUCAACGUUGUAUGCAGCAACAAGAGGCUUAUCACCUGGUCGACAUUUGGCAACUACAAAACGAAUUGAAACGCUGCGCCAGGCAACUUAUGGUACCGCAAAAAUGGUGGAAGCAGAUGUGACAAAUGACUUCUUUUCGUUUGUGCAAGUCGUAACACUUGCGCUGAGCUCACCGGAUCAACAUGCUGUUGAUACCGCAAAAGAGAUUGUCACUUUUAUUAUCAAAACGGCAAUUGCGCAGUUUGACUCACCACGGUCGGCUGUAGAACUUGGCGGUGCAUUAUUUAACAGCAUGUGUGAGGUCUUUGCGCACGCAUGUUACGACAAGGGAAGUUGGCGUCAGAAACUCGGAGGUGCAAUCGGCAUCCAGCUUCUUGUGGAUUUGCUGGAGCCUCAAUGGUGUCACGAAAAUGAACUUACGAUAAUCAAGGCGUUUUUCUUCGUCCUUUCGGAUCAUCCGCCAGAAGUGAGUGUGACUGUAAGUGCUGAGAUCGGUGAGGCGCUAGUGAAGAUUGUAAAGACAGCUUGGAGAGCUCGGUUGGGGUAUGUGGACCAGCUUGGCGAUAAUGGUCAGAAGAAAAAAGAUUUUUUGUCGUGUAUUGCCUUCCAGGAUACGGAGGUGUUCCAGAUGUUUGUCGUGGAAUUUCUUAGUGCAAAGGCACCAACACGACGGUUUGCGAAACGCUGUAUCGCCACAGUGGCAUUACUACAAGAUACGAGUGCUUCAGCGCUGCUGUAUCCGUACAAUCAGCUGAUCAGUAAACAGAUUACUGGGUGUAAUCUUCGCAUGCUGCCUAGUAACACUAGGACGGGUUUUGUGGAUGCUAUGGCGUACGCACUGUCGCUCGAUCCACCGAUCUUUUCGCUUACAAAAGAGAUAAUGAUGUUUCUUCAGGAGGUAUGGAAACUAAUCUCAGAGGAUUCACAGCGCGAUGGAGUGACGAUGAUCGGGGCUGAGAGUCCCGGUAAGGUAGGAGGCAUGGCGCCAGCAAUCCCAGGUUCAGGUGUAUCAGCCCAGGAGUAUCCGUUUGGACUUUCACAAGCGUGUGAACUGCGCAUUGCUGCUGCCAGAUUGCUCCGAGCAGCCUUUCUUGCAGCGCCCCACGAUCUGAAUCAGCAUCCUGAGUAUCGCAAUCGUUUCGUGGGUGUGUUCUUUCGAUAUCUGACGGGCCAGCCUCCAGAGCUGGUGCAAGUAGCCCAAGACGCGCUACUGGACGUCAUCCAGCUGAACAAGCAAAACAAGGAUGUGUUUUUACCGAAGGAACUUCUGCAGCAAUGCUUACGACCGGUACUUCUUAACCUGGCUGAUUAUCGGAAACUUAACCUACCGCUGCUCGAAGGACUGUCACGUCUGUUGACACUAUUAAGCAGCUGUUUUAACGUGACACUUGGAGAAAAGUUGCUAGAACAUCUGAAGCAGUGGCGGGAUCCAGAUCGAAUUAUUAAAGCAGGAAUUUGGAAGGGUGGUGAAGAACCCGCUGUAGCAGCAGCAAUUGUGGAUCUUUUUCACUUGCUGCCUCUUAAUGAUGCGUUUUUGAAGGCACUGAUUAAUUGCGUGGUAGAUCUUGAGGCCGUCUUACCGAAGUAUGGAAGUUACGGGAAAAUGAGUUCGCCAUACCGAAUCCCACUGACGCGUUUCUUGAAUCGCUACGCGUCCAUGACCGUAUCAUUCUUUCUUAAGCGUGAGCAUUUGGUUGAAGUAAAGUAUUCGUCACUCUUCCAGCAACUUAUUAAGCUACCAGAGGCAGCUCCUCUUCGCGCGGUCAUUAUUGGUGACGGUGGAAUCGAGUCAGUGAUUGAGGCAACAUUUAAUGCAGCGCUAAAGCUAAACGCUUCUGGUUUUGGGGACACGAAAACGGGUGCGGAUGUGUUAGGAGAUGCAAAGGUGCAGACUCAAGUCCAGCUGAAUGCACAGAAAGCGGCGACACAGGCUGCUGUGACCGCGCAGGCUCAAGGGAUGACAGUAUCCGCAGCGGAGGCUCGUGGAGAACAAGCUCGUGCGGCAUACGUAGUAAAGGCUCAGUCCCAAAUGAACGCUCAACAAGCUUUAAAGGUGCAGUCUCAAGUGCAGAUUCAAGCCAACGCUCAAAAACUGCAUGCACAGACCCUAGCAGCAGCACAGGCGCAAGGUUUGUCGUUGGUACAAGCCCAGGCAAAAGCUCAGUUCGCCAGCAAAGACUACAUCGCUAAAGCUCAAAGUCACAUUUCAUCUGUAGCCGUGCAAACGUCGUUGCCAAGUCCGGCAAUAAGCGCACUUGUCACGCAGCAGCAAGCAAAGCAGCUGCAAGCCCAAAUACAAGUAAAUGCGCAGAAGGUCCAUGCUCAAGCCCUCGCGACGGCACAGGCACAAGGAUUGAAGCCAACGCAAGCGCAGGAAAAGGCAAAACAAGCCCAAGCAACAUACGUGCAUCGUGCAAAUGCCCAAGCACAGGCGAAAAUCGCUCGAGCUCAAAGUCAAGACCUAGCAUCAUCUUUGGUAUUGGGCAGCAGCUCAACUGCAGUCAUUGGUGGGCCAUUCGCAUCCAAGACUCAGCAGGAGGCGCUGGAGCUGCACUACCAAGGGUUGCGGCUUAUUCGGUCAAUUUGCAAGCUACAUCCGUCGUGGUUGGCGUCACAGAUGCUGAUAAUCGAUUGUUUACGGAAACUUUGGCGAUCGCCAGCACGUGUUCAGCGGCUCAUGGCACAUGAUCGGCUACCUAUCAAGUUUCAUCUUGAGUCUAAAUGGCUUAUCAAGUGUUUAAUCAUUUACAGUCGUGUUAAACAAGACGACGUCCAAGUGUUACUGGACAUGCUGUCGGUCUUCCUGCACCGGACACCUUUCGACUUCGGUUUUCUACAGACGUUCUAUCGUGAAGAAGUUGCAACCAAGUACAGCACUGCAAACAAGCGGAACCUCGUUCGAUUGUUUCUGCGCAUGCUUCGUGACACUGGUGCGUCCGAGGAGCUGAAGGUACAUGCUGUUCAGUUGUUAAUAAUGCCUGUUUUAACCACAUCGUUCGAGGAUCCAAGCAUUAACAAUAUCGACGUGAUGGACCUUGAUACCGUUAUGUGGAUGUUACGGGAGAUUCUGGCGAGCAAAGAUUAUCCACCUGAUGUGAUGCAAAGUCUUCGAAUCGAGUUGCUCAAGCUAGGCACUUUACUCAUCCAGCACAUGAGCAAGUACGUAACGGACCACCGAAAGGAAGUGAUUAAGUUUGCGUGGAAUCAUUUGAAAGCCCACGACCUGACAUCCAAACUCUGGGCGUACGUAAACGUGUGCCGGUUUAUCUCAGUGUACGAUACCCCGCCCAAAAUUGUUUUGCAAGUCUAUGUGGCACUAUUGCGUACACACGAAAUGGACGCGCGCUUUCUCGUGCGCAAGGCGUUUGACAUUCUCUUGCCGGCUUUGCCAAGCCGCUUGCCGUCGAACGAGUUUAUCAAGGCCAUUAAGUGGACGAAGAAGAUCGCUUACGAAGAAGGUCAUGUACUCGGACAGCUUGUGCACAUUUGGUUCUUAAUCGUUCGCCAUCCAGCUUUGUUUUACCCGUUCCGCGGUCAGUUUGUUCCCCUCAUGGUGAACUCGUUGAACCGUUUGGCAAUCCCUCCGAGUAGUACGCCAGACAAUCGUAGGCUUGCGGUGAAUAUUGCGGAUUUGGUUAUUUCAUGGGAGCAAACGCGUCAAGCUCGACUGGCGAUGCGGGGUGGGCCAAAAGGUACAAGCCCUGGUGGAGAGCUAAAGCGAACUUUGCCCGCAAUGAGCGCAGCAACAGUAGAAACUUUGGACGCUCAUGUCCUGAAAAAGCGGAAGAUUCUGACAACUGAAGGGUCUUGCGCAUCGAAUACAAACACACUUGUUGUCCAAACAAGUGAAGACUCGAGCGGGCGAGGAACUGGUUCUCUGCAGAUUCAAGUUCCAACGCAAGCUUUGAUUGCUGGAAUUGGCCAGCAGCAAGGACAAGUUUUGGCAUCGCCAUCGUUGGAAGCAAAUCGCGUGGCGAGCAACGAGGACGACUUUGAGCUGAGUGGCGCUAUGGUGGAUCUGGUGAUCAACUUUGCUUUUCGUUUUGCUCUUGCGUCUGCGGACAAGCAGGAAACAAGUCGAUUAGCAAAAACGUGUGGUGAAUUGUUCGACAAAGCACUUCGAUUGUGGCCGUCCGCGUCCAUCCGGUUUUCCUACUUUGACAAGCUCAUCGCUGUUACUGCAGAGACAGUGAUUCGACAACAGCAACAAUUGCAGGCUAGUGUGAACGCUGUUGCUACCGAUUCUGGAGGAACAGGACAGCAAGUUUCGGCUCCGGCACCAUUGCCGCCGACAGUGAUGCCCCCAUUCUUUGAUGUUCCGAAAGGCGCGCCCCUAUCGUCGCCGGCAAUUCUAGAUGCCGUCCUGGGUAUCUUGAAUUCGUUGGUCACCCCCGAGGUCGUUUCGAUGUCUAAACGUCCGAUACAGUAUGUUAUCCAGUACGCGCCACGUAUAAUGAAGUUGCUCGAGCCUUGUUUUGAUCGUCAAAACCAUGAAAUUCAAGCGAGUCUGACGAAGUUUCUACGUCGAAUGACAGAGUUGUAUCCGCCAUCCCGCGCACCUCAACCUUUGGUUGCGUGCAAGUUCUAUCCGUGGCUUCGCGAGAUUAUCAACGAGCGUAUUGUGAAUGCGGCGAUGUAUCAGCAAGACUUAAAUGCGGGCAGGACAGGCUUGCCUGGGGGAUCGAACUUGCUUGCCUCUAAGACUAAGGGAAAAAACGUAACACAGAGUGUGACAGGACCGAAACCUAAAAAGGGAGGAUCAAGCAGCAAUGCUACAGUGGGCCAUAGCCACGCCGCCGGCAAGCAGCAGCAGAAGGACCCGAGUGACAUCAACCCAUUAAUCAACCACGAGGCAGCACGUAUGCGCUUGCUAUUCUCACAACAUCCUCGAGCUGUUGUGUCACCUUCGAGCUACCCCGGCGAGUUUACUUUAAAGCUUCUGAGUGGCUUGGCUGAGACUACGCCAGAUUUCGUGGAUCACUUUGCUGCAGCACUGUUAAAGCUUGCGCAACGAUUUACGCGUGAGCAUUUGAUUCAAUCAGCUUCAGAAGGAAGUGGAGGUGCUUAUGGUGGGAAACACGGAGGAAGCAAUGGAACAGCAAUUGGCGUCGAAAGUGGACAAGCUGUUGUGGAUUCGUUUGGACGAAACCGAGUGAUGGCUACACCGUCGUUAGCAAUUGUAAAUGAAUGGAAUCAAAUGCAGGCAGGACGAUCCAACUUAGCGGUGAACAACAUUGUGCGACAUGUCGUGAAGAAGCGCGAGGUUUCGGGUGAGAAGUCUGCGUCCAAGAAGAAGGGUAGUGCCAAUGAUCAGUUUUUAGGGAGUGAAAUGGCGAAGACGAAAGUGGGCAGCACGAUGAAAAAGAAGAUGGGGACUAGUGCAAGCAGCACCUCAGCGCGAAGUGGGUUUGUUGAUGGUGGUAGCAAGAGGCCAAUUGGACUCCUUGUCUUGUGCUACGCUUUAUUGGCAAAGUGCAGUUUCCCAUCGAGCGAGCACCGUCGCCUUUACACGAAUUUGCUGGUGCACUGUCUUGAAGGGUCAUUUAACAUCCCGCUUUUGCUUCAAAUUACGAGAAUUGUUGCUAAGAUGGUUGCAUCUACUGAUACUCAUCAUCAGAUUUUGACGACUAAAGAUAAGAUGACUUUGCUGAGCAAGAUGGCGACAUUUGAUCGGCUGAACGAAAUCUCUGCUAUUCCUUUGAAUGAGGAGUAUUAUCGAUUGGUAAUCAAACUCUGUGAGCACCCACCAAGCGAAUUGAAGACCCAAGCCCCUGUGUUGCAUCUAAGCCCAACACCACAGAGUCACAGCCUUACUUCUCACUUUAUCGCGGGUUUACUUGCUCCAGAUCCAGCUACACGAGAGAAGUUCCUGAAGAUUUUCUUCACAGCUACCGGCCCAGGGCCAGUUGCACGGGUACAACUUGUGCUGCGUCAGGAUUGGCAAGCUUGCGGAACCAGAUACUGGCCCGUGAUUGCGAUUGAAACGCUAAUGGCGGCACUCUCACCGACUGCGUCACCAUCUGUUUCCACUGUGCGAAGUCCAACAUUUAGAGCGACCACAACCUCAGCAAAAACUUCAGCAAAAACUUCUACUCAUUCUGAGUUCCUUAAUAGCUACGGGCAGGUGAAAUCAUCAGAACUGAUUUCAAGCUUGUGCGACUUGGCACAUAUCGAUUUGGAGCUAGCCAAGGAGUUGUGGGUGAAUUUGUUCAGCGCAGUAUGGGAAUUACUAAAGGAGUCGGAUCAAGUGCAGAUGGCGAGCCAACUGCUGAAGAUUCUGGCGUCAAAAUACAACAAGCGCGACCUAAAUGUGCCACUUGGUGCGUCGACUCCUCGCCGCACAAAUGUGGUACAAACCCUGAUGAAAGGUAUUGUGAGCACAAGGUCCAGUGCGCCAGUGAUGACACCCGAACUUGUUCUGCACAUUGCAUCAGCCUACGAUGUCUGGAGCUACGCUUUGAGGCUUUGUGAGUUUCACGUAGAGAAAUCGAACCAGAGUGUUGAGACCCGACUGCGAUGGAUUGAAGCCCUCAGUACUAUCUACAAACAGCUAGGUGAGGACGAUCUUCGAGUUGGAUUAAGUUUCGAAAAUGUAGCGCAGCCGGAGACACGCACAGCAUUGACUUUAGAAGCGCUCGGCUGCGUCCACGAAGCGCAGGAGGAAUAUUUCCGUGCUCUUUCUAGGGCGCAAAGCGGGCGAGCGAGUAUUGAGGAUGUAAACCUGUUCGAGUUAAGAUUGUGGGAGGAGCGCUGGGUGGGGUGUGCAAGGCAACUGUGCCAGUGGCAGCUCAUGAAUGACUUUGCCAAGUCGACACAGAAUCAGGAAUUGCUGCUAGACUGUGCGUGGAAACGUGGAGACUGGUCUUCAGCGAAACAAUUGCUGCUAUCGCCAUCAAUGCAGUCCUCAACGGAGCUGGGAUGCCCGCAGACCCGUCUACAGCGUUUGUACAUUUCGAUUCUUGAUGCAGACAAACACAGUGCUAUCGAUACUCUUGCCGCCCAGACUGCUGAGCUUGCGCUGCAUCAAUGGCAAGGACUACCACGUAUCCUUUCUCGUGCGCAUUUGCCGCUCAUGCACCUCUUUCACAAGUUUGUAGAGGUGAAAGAGUCGAUCCAGAUGAUGGAAGACAUUAAGUCCGCAAGUACACAGCACGCGGCACUGCCAAACCUAAAACCGUCCAUUAAUACAUGGCGAGAGCGCUUGCCGAACAAGUGGGAACCCAUUCUUCUUUGGGACGAUAUUCUAACGUGGAGAUCACACAUGUUCCAAGUGGUCAAGACUACGUUUUCGUGGAGCGACGCGCAGGUGCUUGCUUGCAUGCACGACAGUCCGUGGUCAGUUAUCAAACUUGCGCACACAGCACGCAAGCAGCGACUGCCCGAUGUCUGUCUCGGUGCUCUAGCCAAGUUGUACUCGGUUCCUGCCAUGGACGUACAGGACGCCUUCUCAAAGCUGCGUGAGCAAGUAAGCAUUUGCUACGAGAGUGCUACGGAGUAUUCAGGCGGACUUAGCAUUCUGAACACAACUAACCUGGAUUACUUCAGCAUUCGGCAGAAGGCGGAGAUGUUUCGGCUGAAAGCGCUUUUCUCUGAGGCACAGGGAUCUCUUUCGGAAGCGAACCAGACAUUCUCUCAUUGUUUGCAAAUUUGCGAUAGUUAUGGCAAAGGAUGGCUUUCGUGGGGGCACUAUUGCUAUCGGUUAUUCCUCCUGCGGAAAGAACUUGCUCUGGCCUCACAAACGAUUGCGUGCUACUUGCAGGCUAUUCACCACCGGUGCAAUUCAGCACGUCUAAUGAUUGCGCGUGUGCUCUGGUUGCUAAACAUGGAUGACCGACAUGGAGUACUUAUUCAGGCUUUCGAGACACAUGGAAAGCAGUUGCCUAUUUGGAUUUGGAUCAUUUGGAUUCCGCAGCUACUAAUGGCGCUCGGACGUCCGGAGGCGCCCCAAAUCAGAGGUUUGCUGCGUGGCCUCUCAGCCAAAUUCCCUCAGGCGCUGUAUUAUACAAUGCGAGCUUUUUUUCUGGAAAACCGUGACAACGCACUGAUGCUUGCCAACCAACACCAGCCAUCAGUUGCAGCGAGCUCAAUGGGCGUGUCGCCUUCUGCAAGCGCAACCUCUCUGUCUGGAGGGGCGUGUAUGUACUACAGAACGAAGUCGGGACAUGUUGUAGGAAUUCCUGCGACUAUGUCAGUUGCUCAAGUUCAAGAAGUUCCAGGACUCGUUGGUCCACCUCGCCUAACACCCGCAGCAUUCAAUGCAACACCUGGUGUCGUAUUGUCACUGGAUGCAUGGGCUGAAAGAGUUCGCAGCAACGGGAGUGAUGGACAAUCGCUGAAGGCUGAAGUCGGCCCCGUGCAAUACACUGAGGACUUGUUGAAUUUUUUGCGUAGAUCGCACGACUCCCUUACGUUUGAAAUGGAAUGUAUGCUGGAAGAGAUGAUUACUCGAUUCCGUCCAGAGCCGGAAGAAGAACUUCUCACAGCCGUUCACGCACUUCUACUGAAGUGUUAUCAGCUUCCAAGAUUGACGAAAACUGAACCUGUGCCGAAAAUGUUGCGUGCAGCACUUGCGAGGGUGUGUCGCAAGCUUUUUGUAUUGCUUCCACACCAGAAGAAUGAAAACCACGAGGCGUUUGUGGAGGAGUUUAAGGAUGCAUUCGAACGUGAUUUUACCCUGCUUGGGAAUGACGACGCACCUCAGCAAGACAAAUCGGCUACAACUCUUUACGAGAUAAUGAACCGCUUAAAGCGGUGGAAAAGUUUAUUACAGUUGCGUGUAAAAAAGGCAGGCAAACGGAACGCUGGUAAGCUGUACCUGGAGCGAUGCAGUCGUCACCUGAUAGAGCUCAGCAGUUCAAUCAUGGAGGUUCCGGGACAGUAUGUCUCGGAUAGUGAGCCUAUAAAGGACCUACAUGCACGCAUUCAGCACUUUGAGAGUACCGUAGAUGUGCUGCUGCGCAACGGAUUUACUCAGCGACGCGUAACCAUGGGUGGUAGCGACGGCCGAGCUUACUAUUUUUUGGUACAGUAUGCGAUGACACAUAUUACCCGCACAGACGAGAGGAUGAUGCAGAUGUACCUACUGUUAAAUCGGUUGCUGUUACGCCACAAGGAGACCAAGAAGCGCAACACGAUUUUUCAUGUACCAAUAGUAAUUCCUCUAACGCCGCGGGUCCGGCUGCUCGAAGACAACCGCGACUUCGUCACGCUUGGCGAAAUCUACGAACUAGAUUGUCAAAUUGAAAACAAGGACCCAGACAUCCCAUGGGAGCUGUACCGCGAUCGUGUUAGCGAAGCAUUCGCAGCGGCAGGAACAGAGAACGACACGAGCGUGCAGGAGGAGAGACGUGUCGCGCAGGCUAAAGCUCGUGCUUUCCACGAGAUUUGCAGCGAGCACGUACCAGAAACCCUCUUGGCUAAGUAUGUGCACGGCAUCUCGGCGCACAGCGACGCGUACUUUCAGUUUCGCAGCGAAUUUAUAAAGCAUCUGGCACUAUCAAGCUUCCUGUCAUAUGUACUCUUUGUUGGAGACCGUGCACCCCACCGCGUGCUCUUCUCACGGCGUACAGGUCGGGUGGUGAGCACCGAAUUACGUCCUGGAUAUGCAAGCAGCGGAAUUUUGGAGGAGGCGACGACGAUGCCUUUCCGCCUUACGCGCAACCUUUACAGCUUCAUGACACGCUCGGGGGUGCAGGGACCAUUUAGUCUCGGGAUGACGGCCGCUGCAGAGGCUUUUAUGAGUGAGGACAUCUUGAGCAACCAGUUGUGCCUUUUCUUUAGAGAUGAUUUGCUGUCAUGGCACGCGUCAAAGACUCGACUUCUAUCUUUUGAUUCGCAAGCCGUUGGACGUGCAUCGUCGCCUAGUGCAUCUCCUCGUCCGGCGUCGCCGGCAUUGACACAGCGCCGUGUGGAGUCUCAAGUGCAGCAGCGCGUAGAAGCAAAUGUGAGUCUCGUGCUAGAGAGGAUUCGCGGAGUGUCGCUGAAGAAGGCAAGUGGCGAAUCUUCGCGAGGCAGGAGCGUGCAAGAACUGUUGGAUAUUGCUACCAGCCCGGAGCGUCAACGAGAAAUGUAUCCUACGUGGUCUCCGUGGCUGUAA